AUUACUUGAAAAAAAAAAUUUACCUCCAAAAUCGCAAAACCCAACCAACCCAUCCAUAACGAUACAAUGGAUGGGUGUGGGUUAUUUUUUUCCUCACCCAUCAAAACCUUGGAUGGAUGAAUCUUAGCACAAAAAUGUGUAGAAAGAAAAGCUCCUCCCAAUCGAGCUUUAUUCUCCCCCACAUCUCUCUAGAAUUAAUCUUAAAACCUACUUAACGUAAACCUAAAACUAAAACUAACUUGAUCAACACCAGGAGCAACAAACAACAAGCAUCUUUCCUUCUUUGAGAAUACCACCGCCAUUCCACUUUUGACCUUCUUACAGAGCCUCCCCUUUGUUGUUUCUCGACCUCAGUUGCCAUUUGCACCAAACCCUCGAUCUCUAAUUAAUGGUGAAUCACCACAACCAGUAUGAUUUAUCAAUUAAAACCAUUGAGAUAACUAGCAAUAGUCGCCUCUGUAUCUUCAUUGAUGUGAGCUCGGAUCAUAAGGCCAUCUCUUUGAAAUAGUCCUCCACGCUCGAUGGUGAAUAUGUCAAUUUCGCUUGCUCAUAACCACCAUCAUCUCUUGCCACGUAUAGAGAGUUUGGUGAAGCUCACGUCGAUGGUGAAUAUGUCAAAAUCGCUUGCUCAUAACCACCAUCAUCUCUUGCCACGUUGCUAUGGGUUCCUCCUCAUGCAUUCUCCUCGUGGCACACAACUGAUCCCACCAAAUAAUCGCAUAAUCAGAAAACUCAAGGUCAAUGUUGGUUAGCUUCUUCCGAUCAGAGUAGUCAUGACACUCGAACAUAUACUCCAUCUUCUGGGUCACUCCUCCCUUGAAACGAAGGAACUUUCACCUUCAGCCCCAUCAUAUCAUCAUCUCUGUGAUGGGGAAACUCUUUUUCCUUGUCAAGCUCCUCGUAGUAUCGAGGUUCUGGAGCCCUUCAAGAUUGAGGUGGAGCACGGUCUCCUCUACCUCGACCUCUUCCUCACAAGGCUUCAGCUUGAGGGUUCCUCAAAGCUCGAUACUGACCAUCGUCGCCUAGGAUUUGACAUUGUCUACCUCGUGGUGGUGGUGGUGCUUCUUCCUCGUCAUUGUUGUGAAGAUUAAUGGCUUGAGCCAUCUCAUCGAGGCAAUUAUGAAAUUGAUCAUGUUGGGUUCGCAUCAUGCGUGUAAUAUGACCAUCUAGGGCUUCCAUUGUGGCUCAAGGAAUUCCCUCCACAUUCUGAAUCUCCACUGCCUCGUCUUGAGCCUCCCGAGUGUCAGCUUCUUUCCUGGCAUGAUGCUCAAACUCAAAACAAGGUAAUAUUUGUCAAUUAAAUUUCAGAUUAAUGGUACAAACAAAGUAAAGGACCUCACCAAAUCAAUCCCUCACAUGUUUCACACGUUUGGAAAUCACUCUUUUUCUUACCACUCGUGUAUCACUAAAAACAAUUGGCUUUUACCCCAUAAUGAUCUCAUGAAGCCUCUUUCCACUCUCUCUCUUAAAACCCUAGCAAGAUUUCGAACAAGAACUAACAAGACUUGACCAAGAAUCAACAAGUAUCAAUCAAGAACUAACAAGACUCGACCAUGAAUUAACAAACUCGAUCAAGAAAGCUAAUAGACCGUUAAUUACACAUGUUUUUACCCCUGUUCUUACACCGUUUGAGAUGUGAUUUCUCGCGUUUUAGGCCGAUUUCACGCUAGGUUGUGCUUGUUUGUGAUAUUUCAGGUCCUAGUACGUGAAUGGAGACUCGGGAGCGAGUUUGGGGUCGAUUGGACGAAGAUCGGGCGCGAGGCAAGUCACAAAGGAGGCCACACGGGCACACCCACAAAUCACACGGCCGUGCAACUCAUAUUUCUGGCCGUGCGAGUUUUGGCGAGAGCAAACACGGCCUGCCCUGACAAAGCACACGGCCGUGUGACGAAGUGAUCUGGCCGUGUGACUUUUGCCGUGAGCAGACACGGGCAGAUGGAAAUCAAACACGGCCGUGCCAACCUGGCCGUGUGAGAAGCCUGAAAAUCGAACUAAGUGGAACGCAGCGUUUUAACUCACACGGGCAACUGGGUAUGCCACACGGCCGUGUGGCCCUGCCCGUGUGAGUCGGGAUUUCCUAGUUUUAACCCAAUUCCGGGCUGCAAGAGAGAGGAUCGGACUUUUUGAGCAAAAACAGAGUUUUAGAGAGAGAAAGGACGAAGAACACAUCCUAGAAGCUAUCUUGGAGCUGGGUUUCAUCAAAUCAAGCUUGGAGAUCGUCCUAGGAGUGGAAAUCAUCAUCCCGGAGCAGAUUUUCCUCAUCAUUAUGAGUAUGACUACUCCGAUUACUGUUUUCUUAUCUCUCUCUAUGGAGUAGAACCCCUCUCUCACUUGGGGAUGAAGAACCCUAGUUCUAUGUGUUAGGGAUUGAUUGUAAUGACUUGGGAUGAUAUUACUGUUUGAUUUUAAUCGAAUGAUGCAUGUUUAUUGAGUCAAUUGAAGUCUGAUCAACUUUUCCUGAUUCCUGCUGCAAUCUGAGAUAGAUAGAAUCUGAUUAGGUUGCUAGAGUCUCAUCAUUCGAUAGUAGGAGAUUGGCUAUACGAGAGUUAGCCAGUUUACUGCUUUGUACUGGAAUCCAAUUCCAGUAGUGGAGUUCUGUUCUUACUGCUUCAGCUUUCUAUCCCGGUGAAGACUAGUCGUCUGCCGGAUAAUUAGACUGAGAGGGCUUGGUCAGCUUAAGAGAUUCCAAGCUACUGUCGGAUCUUCCGCAGUCUAAUCAACAGUAAAUCAACCCAGGGGAAAUUGAAAUUGAACCUAACUAAGGAGCUAGGGGGGACUCAUUCCCGAGUGACUCUUUCCUGCUUGAGAAAACCGAAUAAUUUCCUGCUUUAUUU